AUGACGGAGUCAUGGUGGUUUAGCGCCAUGUGUAGAAGAACGCCAAAUAUGCGUAAGAUUGCAAUCGCUGCAGCAGAAGAGAAAGCUGUUAUAGGAAUCUUAGCUUUUGAAAUCGCAAGUUUGAUGUCAAAAGUGGUAAGUUUAUGGCAUUGUCUUGGUCAUAAUCAAAUCAUUUUGCUCAAGGAAGAGAUCAAACAUUCAUCUGGCAUUCGAAAGCUUGUUUCCGAAAACGAUAAUUAUCUUAUGGAUCUAGCGAUCGCUGAGAUUAUCCAGAAUCUUACAUAUGUUGCAAAAUCAGUUGCUCGUUUGGGGAAAAGAUGUUCAGAUCCUAUCUACCACUCGCUUGAAGGUGUUUUUGAUGAUCCGUUUGAUGUUAUUGAUCUUAAUUGGUUGGGAUGGGCGUAUAAAUUGAAGAAAAUGGAGAGAAAAGUAAAGAAGAUGGAGAGAUUUAUGGCGGUUACUGCUCAGUUAUAUCAGGAAUCGGAAGUUCUUGAUCAUUACGAGCAAGAUCUAAUCAUUAGAAGAAGGAGGAGGAGAAAAAGAAAUGUAAAUCAGGUCAAAUUGAUUGAAUUUCAGAAGCGGCAGAGGCAGGAAGUAAAUUAUCUUCGUGAAUUGUCUCCAUGGAUUAGGACUUACGAUUAUACAGUUCGUCUACUUCUGAGAUCACUUUUCACAAUCGUCGAAAGAAUCAAACAAUUAAUCAGGUCGAAUCAACACAAAUGGAAGUUAUUAUUGAACGGAUCUAGAUCUCCUUCCAGUUUCAGUACCACUACUCUUGGUCACGCAGCUCUAGCUCAUUUAUACGCGAACAUUGUGAUAUUAAUCGAGAAACUGGCGUAUUCUUCUUCCGAUGAAUCCGAUCGCUUGAUUGCAUUCGACGAUGAGGAGGAUCGUGAGGAUCUAUAUAACAUGCUCCCUGCAACUGUAAGAAGAUCUCUACGAUUACGAUUGAAGAUUAAGUUAUUCGAAACAACUUCUGGUUAUCUUUCUUUACAACAAGUGAGAAAGAAACUUGAAUGGCUGGCACCUUUGGCUCAUGAAACGAUCAAAUGGCAGUUUGAAAGGAACAUCGAGAAACAGAGAAUGGCACCGUGUUUGAAUGUGUUCUUGGUGAAGACGCUUUACUUUGCAGAUCGAAUGAAGACGGAAGCUGAGAUUGUAGAACUUCUCAUCGGUCUUAGUUAUAUUUCCAGGUAUGGAAGAAAACUAAAUGAAAAUGCUUCUCUGAAUGUGGAAAAGGCGGCACUAAUCCUAAUAGAAUAA